AUGUACAAAUUUAAGAGUCUGGAUGCUAAGGAUUUUCAAAUAUCUAAAUGUCCUGCAGGCAGAUUUUUGGGAGAAAAUGUAUAAACAGAUGAUUUUAACGUUGAAUAAAACUAUUUUUGUCUAGUUCCCUUUUAAACAGCAUUGCAAGGAAGCUUCUCAACUAAGGAAGCAAAAUACAUUCAAAUUUAUGUUGGUGGUUGCAAUUAAGCUAUCCUGAACAAGACAAAGCCAAAUUUGAAAUGCGCAAAUCAAACUGAUAUCAAAAAGGCAUUAGAUAGCAUAGAAUUUAACCUCAUAGCAUCAAACUAGUUUGUAGAUGUAAACGAAUGA